UCUGGACAACCUGCUGAAACAAACUGAGCAUGGCACGAACAUUCUCAGCGGAACCAAACUGAGAAGAUAAGCAGAACAGCAUACAGCAUCGAUCCAAGCAGGUCAUAUAAAAGUAACUCCCUUUCACCUGAGUGUAGCCCAGCAUGAACGGGGAAGAAAGUGUUGAGACCAGUCCUGAUCUAGGAAUGUUUUAUUACCUGUUACUGUGGUCGGUCAUCUGCUAUUUCUGGUGGAAAUGGAGAGCAGGAGAAACCCUAAACGAUACGGAUCUUGGAGCAAAAUAUGUGCUAAUUACCGGCUGUGACUCUGGAUUUGGAAAGCUGGCAGCUACGACUUUUGAUAGGAAAGGAUUUCGUGUCAUUGCCUGUUGCCUGACAGAAAUGGGAGCGGCAGAGCUGAAACUGGAGGCUUCUGAGCACCUCCAGGCAAUGCUGCUGGAUGUGACGGACACAGAUAACAUCAAAUUAGUGGCAGAAAGAGUAAAAAAAGAAGUAGGAGAAAGAGGUCUCUGGGGUCUGAUCAAUAAUGCAGGGAUUAUGGGAGCCUCAGCACCAUCAGACUGGCUGACUAUUGAGCACUUUAGAGCACCAAUUGAAGUUAAUUUAAUUGGUCUCAUCAAUGUUACAAUAAACAUGCUUCCGCUUGUGAAGAAAGCGAAAGGAAGGAUAAUCAACGUAACCAGCGUAGGCGGUGUUCUAGCAAUAUGUGGAGGCGGUUAUUGUCCAUCCAAAUAUGGGGCAGAGGCGUUCACCGACAGUUUAAGACAGGACAUGAAACCUUUUGGCGUUAAGGUGUCUUGCAUUGAGCCUGGGCUGUUCAAAACAGAGCUCUCAGACAGAGUCAGGGUCAUAAAAGAAAAGUUGGCUGUUUGGAACAGUCUUCCUCCCGACAUCAAAAGGCAGUAUGGUGCGAAUUAUUUAAAGGAAGAUGCCAUCAAGAAAGAAAAAUUAGUUAAGCUAUGUCAGAACUCAAACCUCUCAUUGGUUGUGAAGUGUAUGGAGCACGCCUUAAUGAGCAAAGAGCCAAAGACACGCUACAGCGCCGGCAUAGACGCGAAAUUGCUUUGGAUACCUCUCUCAUAUAUGCCCACAUUUGUGCAGGACUAUGUACUGUUGAAAAACAAAGUUAAGCUCAUGCAUCCAUAUGCAGGGCAAAAUCCCUACUCUUGUUCACAGUUAUACUGAGUUUCCUAUGUAGCCUCAGCUGGUUGGGUCAGGAUAAGAAAAGGAUGCAUUUUGGCCGCUGUUUGUCACUACCUAUAAGCUCCAGUUCGUGCUUUAAAAGCUGUGAAUCCUUAAACAAGCAAGAUAAAUACAACCUUGAACAAGCAGGAUAAAUGCAUUUUUCUCCUUCUCCCAUAAUACUAGAACUCGGGGUCAUUCCAUGAAGCUGAUUGGUGAGAGAUUCAGGACAGAUAAAAUAAAGCACUUUUUCAGACA